AUGCCAGACAAGGCACUGCAGUCCUGUCAGGCCCCGCGAGCAACUGCGAGCGUGGCUUCUUUGAGCAACAAGUCGGACAACAAGUCCUCCACUGGUUCGACAACAAGAGAGACUGUGAGAAAGCCUUCCAAAGCGGAGGUGAAGGAUGCCAGGCCCCGGCCCACGAAAUGGUACGUGAAGUGCUCGGGCCGUCUGGUUGAGAACACAGCCUUUAUUAGUCUCACAACGAUUCUGACGAUCUACGCCCUGACCGGGGAUGACCUGCGAGUGCUUCUAACGGAGAAGCCUGCUGACAACUAUUUCAAUGGUAUGGUCUUGGCUUGCUUAGCCAUUUUCACGUUCGAGAUUUUCAUUUCCGUCCUGGGCAAGGCCGACUACUGGCUUGGAUUCUUUUUUAUUUUGGACGUUGUUUCCACCGCCACAUUGGUGCUCGAUUUGACGUGGGUGAACGAAGCAGCUUUCGGCGGGACCACAAACACAGACACGUCUGAAGAGGGCGAUACCCUGCGAAGUGGCAGGACCGCGCGGGUUGGCGCCAAGGCGGCACGGAUGGUCCGCGUGCUUAGAUUGGUCAGAAUCCUGAAGCUCUACAAAGCCUAUUACGAGGCCGACCGAGAGCGCAAGCGGCGGCGCCAGGCCGCACUGCAGGGAAAGAACAAAGAGAAUGAUGACGAUGAGUGGGACGAGGAGGAUGUGGCCCAAGCAGAUGCCGCUGUAUCUGCCGAGAUGCAACAUCAAGAGUCCACGCUCGGCAAGAAGUUGUCUGAGAUGACAACCCGCCGGGUGAUCAUCCUCAUCUUGGUCAUGCUGAUCCUUAUGCCGCUUCUGCAAAAGGAUGAGAUUGACCAACUCCCUGUUUCCACUGCGUACGGCUCAAACAUAGUGAUGAAUGCCUUUCAGGACUACUUCAACUCGAAUGUGUCCACGCAAAAUGCCUCCUCACGAGCCUUCUACCAGCAACAGAUGCUCCACUUUGUGUACUACCACAACUGGUUUGCUGGGACUGGCUUGAACAAGUACUGCCCGUACAGCAGCACCAACCUGUCCUGCUCAAGUGCAUUUUGGGGCCAUCUGUACUUUGUUGGCCUUCGUGGGCGAGACCUUGCCGCUGUGGACGCCAAGGCCGCAGCGGCGCAGCUCGAUCUUGAUACAGUGGCGGCCUUCGACCAGGCUUCACGAAAUGGGUACCUGGCCUCCUACAACUAUGGCGUCAUGCCGUCGCAGGUGCAGACCUUCCUCUCCGGAGAGUGGACCAACAACUGCGGCACUGCAGAGUCGCCGUUGCUAGGUGUUUCACUGCUUGCCGAAGAUGUGAACGGCGACGUUUCUUAUCCUGUGUUGUGCCCGCAGGACCUUCGUGCGACAGACUAUUCGGUUGUCAUCCCACUAUGGCAGACACGAGCGCAACGAAAUGAGUGGCGUUUCGAGUUCUUCUUUGACAUUCGGAUAUACAACAAAGAGGUCGCCUAUUUCAGUCUGGCGACAACGGGGAUCGUGCUGGUCCUGCUCUUGACCGGGUCUCUCAUGUUCUCCCGUGAUGCCAACCGGCUCAUCGUCAACCCGGUGGAACAGAUGAUCCACAAAGUCAAAGCCAUUCGCGACAAUCCAUUGAUUGCAAUGAAGAUGGCAAACGAAGAGUUCAAGCUGGAGGAGAUCAAGAAAUCCCGAAUGCGCAGACAAGGCUAUUUUCUCAGCGCCGAGCUCUCGGAGGUCUUCGUGUGGCAGCUACAUAGCAUGUUUUGGCUGUGCGUCGAGGUUACCCUGCUUAGGCCGAGCCUCGCCGGUGUCUCAGUGAUCCUGGCUGGGGCGGUUGCUGGGGGAGUUCCUGGCUGGAGCAGAGGUGCCGAGGAGCCCUCCGGGGAAGAUUCUGACCCAGAUGAUGAAGCCCUGCAAGCUGCACAUCAGUUGCGCAUCUUGGCAGCGGAGUUCUGGACUCGCCAAGCUGUGCCGCUUACCACUGUCUCAGCUGGUGAUGCUCUGCAAGCACUGAUGAAAGAGGCAGAAGAAGAGAAAGCUCCCUACAAGGAGCCAGAUGAAACUACGAAAAGAAUGGUGCAGGCCAUCGCCAAGGAUGAUUUCGAAGAGUGCGAGGAUGCUCUGAUGCAGGGAGCGGACGUCAAUGCCGACUGCGGUGCAGGCAUGUGUGCCCUCCACAUGACGGCUCUCAGAGGGGAGAUGUUCUUGACGGAGCUUCUGAUCGCCCAUGGUGCGCAACUUAACCAGCGAGACUUGAGCGGUAACACCCCGCUGCUUUAUGCCUGCCACUUCUACCGGCAGCAUGGGCGAGGGGUCGAGUUGUGCGCCCAGCUCCUCUUUCACAAGGCAGACCCUCACUACCGGGUGAAAGAUGGGAAGCUCGCGGGGAAGAGUGCGCUGGACCUGAUGGAGAAGGCAUGCUCGGAGCCGAACACGGACGAGAGUGUGCCGCGGCAAAUGCGUGCGAUGAUCCAGCUUGCACUGGAUGGUUCCGAGACCUCCAUAGAGGCCAUCACGAAAAUGUGGAUCUCCGUUAAGUCGGACAAGAAGAACAAGAAGCUUUUCCAAGUCUCCUCGAAGAGGGACAAUUUUGAGUAUGCGGUGAAGAGUGUGGCUUGGGAGCUGCCUGAGAACGUGAAGAACACUCAGGGGUAUGCACCAGUGAAAUUAGACGUGCAGGCCGCGAGCCUCAUGGAGGAGCGCUUCACAAUUCUUCAGGACUACUUGUUCAACGAUGAGGGCGAGAAAGUGAAGGUGUACAUCACUUUCCCGGAGCCGGCAGUCAGCAGUUUGAGCAAGAAGGAGGCGCUGGAGGUCAGCUUUGAGUACCAAGCUUUCGACCUCAAGCUGCGAACAGGCCAGGAGAGCUACCGUCUGCGGAUCGAGCCCCUCUACGGCUCGGUGGAGGUGGACCAGUGCAAGUAUCGUGCAUCCGAGUCCUCCAAGAAGGCCGGUGACAGUCACUCUUGCGAAGCGGCACAAGAACCGCGUCUGGUCAACUCUUCAGAAGCCUCGAUGAGACAGCCAAGUGCCCAUCACCAGCUGAUUGGCUGGUUGUGGACCGCGAUUUACUUCAAGCAGCCUGUGUCGACUGCAAGCAAGGAAGGACCAAUGGAGACGGUGAUCUUGGAAAAGACCAUUGUUAAGUUGGGAUCCCUGCUGGCUCUCGGCUUUGGUGAGGCGGGCGCGAAUAUCAUCUCGCACAACAUGAAAGGCUCCGACACUGCGGGCGUGAACGCCGUAGUUCCUGGCCUUCGCGUGGAUGCCGUAAUCGGCGUGUGCAGAGUGCUGGAUUUCAGCAUUGCCACGGAGGUUCUCCAAGGACGCAUCAUGACCUUUGUCAACCAGAUCGCAGAGAUCAUCCAUGGUGUCGCUGAUGAGUUCUACGGAGCACCGAACAAGAACAGCGGCGAGCAGUUCCUCGUCAUCUGGCGCAUGGACAACAACGCCCAGGCUUUCGAGCGGAGGAGGAUAGCGGAGAUGUCGAUCGUUGCUUUCUGCAAGAUCCUAGGUGCUCUCCAUCGGUCAGCGCUUCUGGCAGAUUACCGAUCGCACCCUGGAUUGCAAUAUCGGCUCUCCAGAAACGGUCAGCUUUCCUCUCAGACACGGGUCAACCUGAGCUUCGGCCUGCAUGCUGGCUGGGCUAUCGAGGGUGCUGUGGGCAGCGAAUUCAAGAUCGAUGCUUCAUACGUCUCUCCGAACGUCAGCAUUGCAUCGAGCGUUGAACGCUGCACUCAGGUCUACGGCGUAUCUGUCAUCGUGGCGCAGAGCUGCAUGGAGCUUUGCUCACCGGAGUUGUUGGCGAAAAGCCGACUGAUUGACCGCGUCCUCAUCACUGGUUCGCCAACACCCAUGCAGCUCUAUUGCGUGGACCUGGACUACUACAGUCUGGACGUGGACAAUUCGCCGGCGCCACAAGUUCCUCUAAAUACGAAGAACCGCUACCGAGCACGGCAGUUCAUCGAGUCGCAGAAGGUGCAGAAGCUGGCCAAGGACUUCCAGAUUGUCAUGGCUUUCGAGGAAGAUCCGGCAAUUCACGCGAUGCGACAGAGGUACACCGUUGACUUCUUCCAGCUGUUCAACAUGGGGUACCAAAAUUAUGCACAGGGUGAGUGGCUUGUGGCCCGACGCAUGCUGAUGGAAACCAAAGACUUGCUUGGCGUGGAGGAUGGCCCAUCAGUGGCUCUUCUUCGCUACAUGGAGGAUCCUCAUCAGUUCGAGGCACCGAAGGACUGGCACUCCAUGAGGGAUUUGUCGAGCUUGCUGUGA